AGGCGGGGCCAGGGGUGCGGUGCCAAAGCACAGCGUAGCCCCCCUCCCCCUCCCUGCUGGCAGCGCUGGGCACCCAGGACACGGGGAGGGAGGGAGGGCGGGCCGUGGCUGGUGAAAUGGUCUGAGCAGAGAUGGGAGAAGGUGUUUUGGAGGUGCAUGGGGCUAAAGGGAGGGGUGCUUUGAGGGCAGGGGUGUUUGUGUGCACGUGCGCACACACGCGUGUGUUGGAGGCAUUUGUUCCAAAAACUGGGGAGUCCCAUCUAGAGGGCCCUGGGGGUGGGGGGUGCUUGAGGCUUUCUAAGAAUGCAUAGUGGCGGGGGUGAUUAAGUACAGGGUCCGGCUGCCCCUUCCCCCUGGUCAGGGCAGGGGCCCAGGUCAUGAUGGAGGCUCGUGGCACCCCACUGUCUAGAGGUGGUCCUCCAGUUGGAGACCAGACAUGUCCCCCUCCCACCCACACCAGCCCCCUCAGGCGCCUGCCCAGACAUCAGUCACCCCAGAGCUCGGGGAGCUUAGAGCCCAAAGGAGCCUUGAAGGCCAUUCAAUUCAGCCCCUAAGGAAGAGCCAGCUUGGGGAGGGGAGCAAGAGGCCCGUGUGGGGCGUCUGGCUAGUCUGGAGAGGGGAACGGGCUGCCAGAGAAGUGGAACAGAGCCACAGACGAGCGUUGUUGUCAUUCAUCUGUGACCAGGGCUGUGACUGCUCCCCUCCUCCCAGGCCCCGAGCUAAGGAGACCCCAGGCGUGGCAGUGGCUGGACACAGGCAUGCAGUGCUGGGGUUGCAGGCAGAGAGGGCUGCUUCUUCCAGGACCCUGCAGAUUCCUCUGGGGUCAUCCCCAGUGCCCUGCUGGCGGCCUCACUCUGUGUGGCAGUCGUGUGGAUGGCUGUGGCCCUUGUUCUAGUAGUUGGAGCCAAGUCACCUGGGCAGUUGGAGGCAGGGGCCCAGACGGAACCCAAGGACCCACCCCCAUUCCAGCGCAGCACAGGCGUCUCUCAGGGGAUUGGCUGGGAGUUUAGGAGGGUUGGGAGAGGUGCCUAAGGGUCCUUCCCGGGUGGUCCCAUCCCCGCCUGGCCCUGCUUGUCAUUUCUGGUUAGGGACCUGCAUAGGGUGGGGGCUCAGGGUCCCCUCUAGCUCUAGGCUGGCCUGAGUGUCAAGGUCUGCCUGGCCGGCUUCCCAGGCCAGGAUUUCUGGGCCCCGACCCCAGGCCCCAGCCCAGGGGAAGCCCUGAGGUGGAUUCCGGAGGCACAGAAUUCCUGGCUGAUGUUGGGGUGGUUCUGACAAAGUGCCUGCCUUUGGGGGCAACUCCUGCCACCAGAAGAGAGAAGAGUGUAGAUAAUGGCAAGGAGAAGAGGGUGGGGUUCAGAGCAGGCUGGGGCGGGGGGCAGGGGCAGGCAGAGCCAGAGAGGAGAGAAGAGAUGGGCCCUCCCAGAGAGGCGCGGGGAGGCUCCCUCCAGAAGGGAAACGAAAAAUCUGAGCCAGGAGGCUUCAGAGAGCAGGUACAGAGGGGAGGGGACAGAGGAGAGUGGCACAGUGCAGGCUACACAAACUUUCUGUGACUCCUCUUACAGGGAAGGCUCAGGUUCAGAGGGUCCUGUCACUUCCCCAGGGCACACAGCUCGUGAGUGGCCGGGGCUCUGUCCACAGCGGCGAAGGCCCCCGCUCCUUGGGGAGGAACUGACCCUGGUGCAGGGCUGGGUCAUGGGGCAGAGCUCACCCCUGAGACCCAGGGGGCAGCGGGGGCCCGUGGGCAGGCCUAGGGGUCCCCAGCUCCCGAGGGCUCCACCAGAAGGUGCCCAUGGGGCUGGGGAAUCGCAGGGUCCCUCCACCUCCACCGCCCCUGCCCCAGCCUUUCAUGUUCUCUGGCCCUCAUUCUGCCUCAUCAGCAACAGCUAUUUUUAUUCCCUGCAGUUUUCAGUCAACAGCCCUCGUGGGGGGGAUGGGGCAGUGGGAGGAGUAGGAGGGGCUCGAGGAGCCCCGGGGCAGCAGGGGUGGCAGGGGAGCCACUAUGCCCCUCGAAGGGUGGGCUGCUGCCCCUCCUGCUGGCCUCCUGGCCCUCCUCCAGCAGCGCCAGCAUAAAGGGACCGCGGACAACCACGGCAGUGACUAGACCCCACUCUGUUUUUGAACUGGUUUGUGAAACCAGGUGCCUGCCUCCCCACCCCCCACCGCCCAUAGGUGCUAGAAGGUCAUGGUCCAGUUUAGACCGAGGUGAUGAUAUACUUUAGUGGUUAAGAACCAAGGUCUCUUUCAAGAGCCUUGAGGACCAGGCUUCUAGCCCCAGUUUACUACGUAAACAACAUCUCGCAAGUUCCUUCCCAGGUCUGUGUCUCUGUGUUCUCAUCUGUCAAAUGGAGUGAUAACCGUAGGCUCAUGGCUGAAGCCACACGCUCCCCAGAACUUGGGUCCAGGAGGCGGUUGAAGGCACUGGGGCAUUAGCCCCAAAUCCCCAAGGCCGAAGAGGAUCUGGUUGGUUUGCUGUCGGUCCAGAGGGCAGCCAGCCCCCUGCUGGGGAGAGGGUGGUGCGGGGCUCGGGGGUGAUGCUCUUGUGUCCAGCACCAGUACAGCAGCAGCAGCACCCGGGCCCUGCAGUCACAGCUCCCAGUCCCAACAGGGCCUGUGUGCCAACCUCCCUGCCCUGGCCCCUGGGCAGGCAGGAGGUGAGUAGUGGACAGCAGGCCCAGGGCGGGGUGGCCGCCCAGCACCCCGGGGGCUACACGCAGCAGCUGCCCCAGUGGCUCACCACUCUGCGGGACCCUGAGCCCAGGAUGCGAGGAUGGCCAACCCAUCUCUGCCCGCGGUGGUGCCUCUGGGCCCCGAGAGCCUGCGCCCCUUCACCCGGGAGUCCCUGGCUGCCAUAGAGCAGCGGGUGGUGGAGGAGGAGGCCCGGCAGCAGCGGAACAAGCAGAUGGAGAUCGAGGAGCCAGAACGGAAGCCUCGCAGCGACCUGGAGGCUGGCAAAAACCUGCCCCUUAUCUAUGGGGACCCCCCACCCGAGGUCAUCGGCAUCCCUCUGGAGGACCUGGAUCCCUACUACAGCGACAAGAAGACCUUCAUCGUGCUCAACAAGGGCAAGGCCAUCUUCCGCUUCUCUGCCACGCCUGCUCUCUACGUGCUGAGCCCCUUCAGCGUCGUCAGGCGCAGCGCCAUCAAGGUGCUCAUCCACUCGCUGUUCAGCAUGUUCAUCAUGAUCACGAUCCUGACCAACUGCGUGUUCAUGACCAUGAGCGACCCGCCUUCCUGGUCCAAGAAUGUGGAGUACACCUUCACAGGGAUCUACACCUUUGAGUCUCUCAUCAAGAUACUGGCCCGAGGCUUCUGCAUCGACGACUUCACAUUCCUCCGGGACCCCUGGAACUGGCUAGACUUCAGCGUCAUCAUGAUGGCGUACCUGACGGAGUUCGUGGACUUGGGCAACAUCUCAGCCCUGAGAACCUUCCGGGUGCUGCGGGCCCUGAAGACCAUCACGGUCAUUCCAGGGCUGAAGACGAUUGUGGGGGCCCUGAUCCAGUCGGUGAAAAAGCUGUCGGACGUGAUGAUCCUCACCGUCUUCUGCCUGAGCGUCUUCGCCCUGGUGGGGCUGCAGCUCUUCAUGGGAAACCUCCGGCAGAAGUGCGUGCGCUGGCCCCCGCCCUUCAACGACACCAACACCACGUGGUCCAGCAAUGACAUGUGGUCCGGCAAUGACACGUGGUAUGGCAAUGACACAUGGUCCGGCAAUGACACGUGGAUCAGCAACUCUACCUUUGACUGGGAUGCCUACAUCAGUGAUGAAGGGAACUUCUAUUUCCUGGAGGGAUCCAGUGAUGCCCUGCUCUGUGGGAACAGCAGUGACGCCGGGCACUGCCCCGAGGGUUACGCAUGCAUUAAAGCAGGGCGGAACCCCAACUACGGCUACACCAGCUACGAUACCUUCAGCUGGGCCUUCCUGGCGCUCUUCCGCCUCAUGACACAGGACUACUGGGAAAACCUCUUCCAGCUGACCCUCCGAGCUGCCGGCAAGACCUACAUGAUCUUCUUCGUGGUCAUCAUUUUCCUGGGCUCCUUCUACCUCAUCAACCUGAUCCUGGCGGUGGUGGCCAUGGCGUAUGCGGAGCAGAACGAGGCCACCUUGGCCGAGGAUCAGGAGAAAGAAGAAGAGUUUCAGCAGAUGCUGGAGAAAUUCAAAAAGCAGCAGGAGGAGCAGGAGAAGGCCAAGGCCGCCCAGGCUCUGGAAGGCGGGGAGGCAGAUGGUGACCCAGCCCGCGGCAAAGACUGCAACGGCAGCCUGGACACAUCGGUGGGGGAGAAGGGGCCCCCGAGGCCGAGCUGCAGCGCAGACAGCGGCAUCUCAGAUGCUAUGGAAGAGCUGGAAGAGGCCCACCAGAAGUGCCCACCGUGGUGGUACAAGUGCUCCCACAAAGUGCUCAUAUGGAACUGCUGCGGCCCCUGGAUGAAGUUCAAGAAGAUCAUCCACCUGAUUGUCAUGGACCCCUUCGUGGACCUGGGCAUCACCAUCUGCAUCGUGCUCAACACCCUCUUCAUGGCCAUGGAGCAUUACCCCAUGACCGAGGAGUUUGACGCCGUCCUCACCGUGGGCAACUUGGUCUUCACGGGCAUCUUCACGGCGGAGAUGGUGCUGAAGCUCAUCGCCAUGGACCCCUACGAGUACUUCCAGCAGGGCUGGAACAUCUUCGACAGUAUCAUCGUCACCCUCAGCCUCGUGGAACUGGGCCUGGCCAACGUGCAGGGGCUGUCCGUGCUCCGAUCCUUCCGUCUGCUGCGGGUCUUCAAGCUGGCCAAGUCGUGGCCGACGCUGAACAUGCUCAUCAAGAUCAUCGGCAACUCGGUGGGGGCGCUGGGCAACCUGACGCUGGUGCUGGCCAUCAUCGUGUUCAUCUUCGCCGUGGUGGGCAUGCAGCUGUUCGGCAAGAGCUACAAGGAGUGCGUGUGCAAGAUCGCCUCGGACUGCAGCCUGCCCCGCUGGCACAUGCACGACUUCUUCCACUCCUUCCUCAUCGUCUUCCGCAUCCUGUGCGGGGAGUGGAUCGAGACCAUGUGGGACUGCAUGGAGGUGGCCGGCCAGGCCAUGUGCCUCACGGUCUUCCUCAUGGUCAUGGUCAUCGGCAACCUGGUGGUCCUGAACCUCUUCUUGGCCCUGCUGCUCAGCUCCUUCAGCGCCGACAGCCUGGCGGCCUCGGACGAGGACGGCGAGAUGAACAACCUGCAGAUCGCCAUCGCCCGCAUCAAGUGGGGCAUCGGCUUCGCCAAGGCCUUCCUGGUGGGGCUGCUGCAUGGCAAGAUCCUGAGCCCCAAGGAGAUCAUGCUCAGCCUCGGGGGAAUCGGGGAGGCCGUCGAGGCCGUCGAGGCUGGGGACAGUGCCCCCGAGGAUGAGAAGAAGGAGCCACCACCCGAGGAGGGUGACAAGGACUUCAAGCUGGACAACCACAUCCUGAACCACAUGGGCCUGGCUGACGGCCCUCCCCCCAGCAUCGAGCUGGACCACCUCAACUUCAUCAACAAUCCCUACCUGACCAUCCACGUGCCCAUUGCCUCGGAGGAGUCGGACCUGGAGAUGCCCACAGAGGAGGAAACUGACACCUUCUCGGAGCCUGAGGAUGUCAAGAAGCCGCUGCAGCCCCUCGACGGGAACUCCUCCGUCUGCAGCACUGCUGACUACAAGCCCCCCGAGGAGGACCCUGAGGAACAGGCCGAGGAGAACCCUGAGGGGGAGCAGCCUGAGGAGUGCUUCACCGAGGCCUGUGUGCAGCGCUUUCCCUGCCUCUAUGUGGACAUCUCCCAGGGCCGAGGCAAGAUGUGGUGGACCCUCCGCCGGGCCUGCUUCAAGAUCGUCGAGCACAACUGGUUCGAGACCUUCAUCGUCUUCAUGAUCCUGCUCAGCAGUGGAGCCUUGGCCUUCGAGGACAUCUACAUCGAGCAGCGGCGCGUCAUCCGCACCAUCCUGGAGUACGCGGACAAGGUCUUCACCUAUGUCUUCAUCAUAGAGAUGCUGCUCAAGUGGGUGGCCUACGGCUUCAAGGUGUACUUCACCAACGCCUGGUGCUGGCUCGACUUCCUCAUCGUGGACGUCUCCAUCAUCAGCCUGGUGGCCAACUGGCUGGGCUACUCGGAGCUGGGACCCAUCAAAUCCCUGAGGACGCUGCGGGCUCUGCGUCCCCUGAGGGCACUGUCCAGAUUCGAGGGCAUGAGGGUGGUGGUGAAUGCCCUCCUAGGAGCCAUCCCUUCCAUCAUGAAUGUGCUGCUCGUCUGCCUCAUCUUCUGGCUCAUCUUCAGCAUCAUGGGCGUCAACCUGUUCGCCGGCAAGUUCUAUUACUGCAUCAACACCACCACCUCCGAGAGGUUCGACAUCUCUGAGGUCAACAACAAGUCCGAGUGCGAGAGCCUGAUGCACACCGGCCAGGUCCGCUGGCUCAACGUCAAGGUCAACUACGACAACGUGGGUCUGGGCUACCUCUCCCUCCUGCAGGUGGCCACCUUCAAGGGCUGGAUGGACAUCAUGUACGCAGCUGUGGACUCCCGGGAGAAGGAGGAGCAGCCUCAGUACGAGGUGAACCUCUACAUGUACCUCUAUUUCGUCAUCUUCAUCAUCUUCGGGUCCUUCUUCACCCUCAACCUCUUCAUUGGCGUCAUCAUCGAUAACUUCAACCAGCAGAAGAAGAAGUUUGGAGGGAAAGACAUCUUCAUGACGGAGGAACAGAAGAAAUACUACAACGCCAUGAAGAAGCUUGGCUCCAAGAAGCCUCAGAAGCCCAUUCCCCGGCCCCAGAACAAGAUCCAGGGCUUGGUGUACGACCUGGUGACGAAGCAGGCGUUCGACAUCACCAUCAUGAUGCUCAUCUGCCUGAACAUGGUCACCAUGAUGGUGGAGACGGACGAGCAGAGCCAGCUCAAGGUGGACAUCCUCUACACCAUCAACAUGGUCUUCAUCAUCGUCUUCACGGGCGAGUGCCUGCUCAAGAUGCUCGCCCUCCGCCAGUACUACUUCACCGUCGGCUGGAACAUCUUCGACUUCGUGGUCGUCAUCCUGUCCAUCGUGGGCCUCGCCCUCUCCGACCUGAUCCAGAAAUACUUCGUGUCCCCCACGCUGUUUCGUGUGAUCCGCCUGGCCAGGAUCGGUCGCGUCCUGCGGCUGAUCCGCGGGGCCAAGGGCAUCCGGACGCUGCUCUUUGCCCUCAUGAUGUCGCUGCCCGCCCUCUUCAACAUCGGCCUGCUCCUCUUCCUGGUCAUGUUCAUCUACUCCAUCUUCGGCAUGUCCAACUUCGCCUACGUCAAGAAGGAGUCGGGCAUCGACGACAUGUUCAACUUCGAGACCUUCGGCAACAGCAUCAUCUGCCUCUUCGAGAUCACGACGUCGGCGGGCUGGGACGGGCUGCUCAACCCCAUCCUCAACAGCGGGCCCCCCGACUGCGACCCCACGCUGGAGAACCCGGGCACCAGCGUCCGGGGCGACUGCGGCAACCCGUCCAUCGGCAUCUGCUUCUUCUGCAGCUACAUCAUCAUCUCCUUCCUCAUCGUGGUCAACAUGUACAUCGCCAUCAUCCUGGAGAACUUCAACGUGGCCACGGAGGAGAGCAGCGAGCCCCUCGGGGAGGACGACUUCGAGAUGUUCUACGAGACGUGGGAGAAGUUCGACCCCGACGCCACGCAGUUCAUCGACUACAGCCGCCUCUCGGACUUCGUGGACACCCUGCAGGAGCCGCUGAGGAUCGCCAAGCCCAACAAGAUCAAGCUCAUCACCAUGGACCUGCCCAUGGUGCCGGGGGACAAGAUCCACUGCCUGGACAUCCUCUUCGCCCUGACCAAGGAGGUCCUGGGCGACUCUGGGGAGAUGGACGCCCUCAAGGAGACCAUGGAGGAGAAGUUCAUGGCUGCCAACCCCUCCAAGGUCUCCUACGAGCCCAUCACCACCACGCUCAAGAGGAAGCACGAGGAGGUGUGCGCCAUCAAGAUCCAGAGGGCCUACCGCCGGCACCUGCUCCAGCGCUCCGUGAAGCAGGCGUCCUACAUGUACCGCCAGAGCCACGACGGCGGUGGCGGCGGGGACGGGGCCCCCGAGAAGGAGGGGCUGAUUGCCGACACCAUGAGCAAGAUGUACGGCCAGGAGAACGGGAACACCAGUGCGCAGAGCCAGGGGGAGGCGAGGGGCUGGACAGGGGCCCCCGAACCUGCCAUGGGGCUCGUGCUCAUCAGCCCCUCAGAGGCCGCCCUCCCGCCCACCCCACCCCUGGGGCAGACUGUGCGCCCCGGGGUCAAAGAGUCACUUGUCUAGCGGGCUGCGGUGAGGUAGCCAGCUGAGCCUGGCACAGCCCCCAAAGCUCCCUGUGGAGGAAGCUGGGGCUCUGAGUCUAGGAUGGAUUCAGCUCCCUGUCGGGAACAGGAUGUGGCCGUGCUGGGGCGAUCGCCCAGGUCACGGAAAGUGGGAAUCAUACCUGAAGGCUCCGCUCUGGGCCCCAGGCCGCUGCCGCCUCCACGAGUUUACCUUCAAGUUGCUCUUACCUCCUCGCAGCCCCAGGGGAGGUCCAGACAUCAGAAUCUCUGCCCCCCCCCCCAAUUGGAUGGGGCCCGUGAUGGGAUGGGCUGCCCUCCUGCCACCAGAGUCUUAAGGGCUACUGACCUCUCCCAGGGCAGGGGCUCAGGCCCCGGCUCCCUGCAGGACUAAGAUGUCAUAACGUCAGUGAGAGCAGACUCCGACCCCGGGGCCUGCCAGCCUUGCCCUGCCCCGGGCAUGCACCGCCACCCUGCCGGCUCGGGGAUUCUCUGGGAAAGGGAAACAGCACUGGUCCGGAAACAGCUUGGCAAACCUGGUGGGCCACUGGAUCCUGACACCACAUUGGGCCGGGUUGUGGCCCCUGAAGCCCUUUUGUGUUGGUCCAUUGUCUAAGCCCCUGGCUCCCCUGGCUGGGCCCUGGGGGAAGAGCAGGAGGGAGGGUUCCACUUGGGAACUGUCUUUUUCUAGGAAUCAGGGGUGGGCAGGAGAGGUUGGGUCCUGCCAGUGCAUUGCUGCCCUGGGGGCUCUCUCGGCCUGAACCCCCAGACGUGGGGUAGGGUUGGCGACCCUGGUGCUCAGUUGCUUCUCUCUCUCCCUCCCUCUCUCCUCCAUCCACACCUCCGGGGCUCCUGGCAGCUUCACCAGCCCCAGAGAUCUGCCCCCUCCCGCCACACCCACCUCCUCCUCCUCCUCCUUCCCCUCCUCAGAGCCAUCUAAGAAUGUCCUAGUGGAGCCCUUGUUAGAGAUUUCAACACUGGGGCGAGCACCGCACCCGGCUCAGGCCCAGCCUGCCAACUUCCUGCCGCCUGGAAAGCGGGGUGGCCCUUCUGCUGGCACCGCUGACCUAGGCGUGCCAGUGCCAGCCCUCUGCUAGCCCCCAAGUCAGAGUCUGAGCUUGGAGGAGGGGGUGGGACGCCUGCUCAGGGGUCGCUGGAUUUACUCCCCUGCGUGUGUUCCUGUGUGUCUGCUUUAUGCCUGUGUGUAUACCUGUGUGUGUGUGUGUUUUUAAGUGUGGGACUUUGUGUGAAUGUGAACCGCUGUGUUGCACAGAGCCUGCACAUGCAUGUAGUAUGGGUAUAUUUGUGUGUGUGUGUGUGUGUCAGCAUGCCCUGUAGUGUCCGGCUGGUGGGUGUGUGUGUGUCUUCUGUGCGGGCCCGUUUGCGUGAGUGGUCCUGUGCUGUGGGUGUGUACGUCAGUGUCAACACCUGGGAAGGUUUGCACAUUGAGUCCCUUGUGCCCUUAGUUCCUCUUCUUUUUCUUCUUGUUUCUUGUGAACAAUUUGAUUAAAACUCAGGAAGCAGCCAAACCUCCAAAACAGUGUGUGUGUGUGUGCACGCGCGUGGGUGCCCACGGACCGGAGGCUUCCCUUGUCUGCCCUGCUCGCCGGCCUCCCGGCCUGGGCGUCCCUGUCCCUCGGCCCGCACGUCCACUCUGCUGCCUUCCUCGUGUCUGUCACACCCAGGCCGCCUGCUCCCGCCCCCGCCUGCAUCCUCUCUGGAAGGAGCCCCCGCUUCCAACUCUUCUCCAACUCUUCGGGCAGCAGCUGUGGCUCUUUGUUCAGAGGGUUCGUGGUGUGGGCUCAGCCUCCUCCCUGACCGGCGCCCUGCCCACUGCCUUUCCCUCCUCCUCGGGCCCCGGACUCGAUCCCCUGCACCCGGCCGUGCCCCAUGCCGCUGGCAGAGCCAGUGGAGCCGGCGGCCUCCUCCCCUGCACCCCCACCCCAUCCGCACCCUGUCCCGGGGGAGCAGGCCCAAGCCAGGCCAGCAGAGAGGCUCCUUGUACAGUUCUUAUAAUAAACCUCCCCUGGUGCCUCUGCCA